AUGCUCCGUGCGCGCCUUUCCGUGUGCCUGAUUUUUUUCCUCGUUUUUUCCCUGUUUUUUCCGCCUCUUCCUCAUCCCUGCCCUCCGCUCCCGUUUUCCCCCUCCCCUUCUGCUCUGUAUUCUCCUCUCGCUUUCCCCUUCUCCUUGCGUUUCGUAUUCGGUCUCGUUUUCUCUUCCCCGUGCCUUUUUACCUCUGUAUUCGCCUCUCGUUUCUCAUCCCCCCUGCCCUUCCGCCUGCCCGCCGUCUCCCUCUCCCCCCUGCUCUUCGUCUCGUGCGCCUUGCGCCCCACCCUCAGCGAGUCGCGCUUCUCCACGAGGUCCAUCCUGCGUCGAAUUGCCUACAUUCAGGGGGGACGUGGCAGAGCGAGUGGUGGAGCUGCUGGGGGGGAUGGGCAUUCAGUCCAAGAGGAGUGGGGGGAAGGGGAAGUAGACUCUAUUACAGCACCCGUCUCCCUCACCCCCGACAUCUUCAUUCUCUUCUCCUUUGCUCAAUUCCCCACUCCCCCCUCUCCCCCCCACCCCCCCGUUUGCCUCCCAACUGAGUUUGCCACCCACACUGAGUUUGCCACCCACACUGAGUUUGCCACCCACACUGAGUUUGCCACCCACACUGAGUUUGCCACCCACACUGAGUUUGCCACCCAAACUGAAUUUGCCACCCACACUGAGUUUGCCACCCAAACUGAGUUUGCCACCCAAACUGAGUUUGCCACCCACACUGAGCUUGCGACCACCCUCACUUAG